AUGCGCGGCGUGGCUCUUCCCGCGUGGCUCAAGCGGCGCGUGACCUUCUACCGGCUGCACAUGCUGUGCUUCGUUAUAGUCAUCCUCGCUUUCACGCUCGUCUUCUGCGUGGCGCCGAGCGGGCCAGCAGGGAAAAUCAGCUUCAUAGACGCUCUCUUCAAUGUGACGUCGUGUGUGUGCCUGGCGGGACUCAUCACCGUGGAUGUGGGGGUUUUCACUGAUGGCACCAACGUUGCUCGCCUUCUCCUCAUGUUCAUGGGCUCCCAGGAGCGUGUCUUGGUGCGCCGUUACUACUUCCACCGCCAUCUCGCCUGCGCUGGCCUGCUCCAGACCCACCCCUCCGACUUACCCUCCAGCUACGACCCCAGGGCCUCUGACACUGCAGCCUCCGCCUCUCAGGCAGCGCCGCAUGGUGCAGGGGGCGGAGGAGGAGGAGGAGAAGGAGGAGAUGGAGGAGGAGAAAACAUAUCAGGGAACAACGGAGCCUGGUCUGUAGGUACUGGUGAGGGCGAAGGGCGUGGCGCCAGACGGGGGACGGAUGUGGAGGAGGGAUGGGUGACACGCGGUGGGUUGCGCCGGCGGGGUGGAGGCAGAGGGGUGGAGGCAGAGGGGGCUGUGGGGAUGAGCUCGAUGACUUGGGCCGGGGAAACGGCUAGGAUUGAAGGGCAGCGCCUCCAAUUGGCGCUUGAGGCGCUUAGAGCACAGCAGCAGCAGCAGCCGCAGGAGGAGGAGCAGGAGGCGGCAGCUACAAGGCGCUCCUCCCUUGACCUGUUCACCUCAAGGCUAACUCGUGCUGCAUCUCUCAACCAAUCCGCGUUAAGAGCACACUCCCUACCACACGCCCCCGCAUUCUUGCCAUUCCUGGGGGGUCUGGAGCACAGGGCAAGGCAGAGGAGGAGCGGGAGGUUGAGCCGUGAAAGCAGUGUGACCGGCACAAGCCUUGGGGGGGAUCUGGAUUUCGCUGAUGCUGAUGGUUACGGGUUUGCUGAUGGUUACGCGGAUGCAAUGGUGGAUGAAUGGCUGACGGCAGCACAGCCAAGUGAACUCAGAUUCCUCGAGCUCAGGGCCCUGGAGACAUUAAGCUGGCUGGUACCCACAUUCCUCGCCACAUCGCUGCUCACCGCCUUCCUGCUGCUGCUGCUCAUCGUUAGCAUCUCUGCCUCCGCCAAGGCAAAUCUGCAGGCCAACAGCGUCAACAGCGUCUUCUUCUGUGCCUUCCAUGCUAUGUCGACGUUUUCCAACACAGGGGCGGCACUGCUGAACGAUAACCUAAUGGGGUUCGUGAGGGCCCCAGCUCUGGUCAUCGUCACGUCGGUCUUCAUUCUCAUUGGCAAUACCAUGUACCCGCCCACGCUGCGAGCCCUCCUGCUUCUGCUCCGGCACUUCUCACGAGGAGAGAAAAGGUUCGUCUACUCCUACCUUCUCGUGCACCCGCGCAAGUGCUACACGCACCUCUUCCCACCGCGCUCCACCGUGAUGCUCGGCGGGACCAAGGUACUGGCAGGAUAUUUCCAAUCUGUGAGCACACGCAACGCGGGAUUCAACGUAAUUGCCAUCGGCCUCCUGCGCCCCCCCAUGCUGCUGCUAUACCUGGGCAUGAUGUACGUGGCUGUGUAUCCUCUGUACCUGACGAGGCAGACAUCGAGGGAGCAGAGGGAGGUGUAUGACGAUGAGGAUAUCGGGGUGUUCUGGGAAGACCUGCAGGGGGGAGUGCUGGAUCACGGGGUGUUCACCCAGGGCAGAGGGCUGCUUCUGCGGGAUUCGGCGUUGCUCUUCAUAGCACUGCCGGUCAUAUGCCUUAUAGAGAGCGCCAACAUCACCAGCGACAUCGCCAACUUCAACAUUUUCAACAUUGCCUUUGAGCUCAUCAGUGGAUAUGGCAACGUGGGCCUUUCCUUGGGCUACACCUGUCCGCCUGAAGCUGGUCCUGACUGUGUCACUCCUCCGUAUAGCUUCUCUGAACUUCAGAAUGGCUCCUCUGCUGCAACCUCGGAUCUGCCAGGUUGCAAGGUUAAGAAGGGCCCUGUCUGUCCUUGGUCCAAGCUGGUUCUCGUGCUGGUGAUGCUGCUGGGCCGGCACAGAGGUCUGCCUGACAACAUCGACGCUGCCAUCUCCAUCCCCAACCGCAACCAGUUCAUUCCCGAACCUGCACUGCCUGCUGCACCGCCUGCUGCAUCUCUUGUAUCUGCUGCCCCUGCUGCCACUGCUGUAGCUGUUGCACCUGGUGCUGGUGAUGGUGCUGGUGCUGGUGCUGGUGCUGGUGCUGGUGCUGGUGAUGCUGCUGGGCCGCCACAGAGGCCUGCCUGA